ACUCCCCUUUCAGCACCCUGGACAAGGCAGAGCUUCGGCAGUGUCGCCGCUCAACUCGCUACCUUUGUUAUGCUAAAGAGCAGCACGACAAGCAACGCGGGGUCAGCUGACGCUAUUUAUAGUAGCAGUAAGAAACCCCCUACACAGUUAGUUAUAGGUCUCAAAGGUAGCUCUAAACACGUUUUGUAAUUUUAGAUUUAUCAUUUAUAUAUUUCAAGUCUUUAUUUAUGUAUUUAUUUAUGUAUUUGUGUAUUCUAUUCAAUAGUUUGUUAGUUUAAGUAGUUUGUGGGGACAUUUUUACUAUUGUCAAGUCUGCUUGGAUACAGCAAGUCGGUGUUUUCUUUACGUUUUUGUUUGUACAUAUUUAUUUAAAUUAUAAAGGUAUUUUUUGGUUAACCAAGAUGUUGCUAGAGCACCCGGGAUCCGGCUGUCAGAACCAGACCAAUUUCACCAGAUACAGCUCCAAUCAAGAGAUCCCUAUGUGUGCGGGCUGUAACCAGCACAUCGUGGACCGGUUCAUUCUCAAAGUGCUGGACAGACACUGGCACAGCAAGUGUUUGAAAUGCAGCGACUGCCAAACCCAACUGGCAGACAAGUGCUUCAGCAGAGGCGAGAGCGUCUAUUGCAAGGAGGACUUCUUCAAGAGGUUUGGGACUAAAUGCGCCGCCUGUCAGCAAGGUAUUCCGCCUACACAAGUGGUCAGAAGGGCCCAGGACUUCGUUUACCAUCUUCACUGCUUCGCCUGUGUCGUGUGCAAGCGGCAGCUAGCAACUGGAGACGAGUAUUACCUAAUGGAGGACAGUCGUCUCGUGUGCAAGGCUGACUAUGAGACCGCCAAACAAAGAGAGGCAGACUCCACUGCGAAACGACCCCGGACCACCAUCACAGCCAAACAGCUAGAAACGCUGAAAACCGCCUACAAUAACUCCCCCAAGCCAGCCAGACAUGUCAGAGAACAGCUAUCUUCGGAGACCGGGCUGGAUAUGAGAGUAGUGCAGGUUUGGUUCCAGAACAGACGAGCCAAAGAGAAGAGGUUAAAAAAAGAUGCAGGCAGGCAGCGGUGGGGCCAGUACUUCCGCAGCAUGAAGAGGUCCCGGGGGAGCUCCAAGUCAGACAAGGACAGCAUCCAGGAGGAGGGGCUGGACAGUGACGCUGAGGUCUCCUUCACAGAUGAGCCAUCUUUGUCAGAGAUAAGCCACUCAAAUGGGAUAUACAGCGGCCUGAGUGAGGCCUCCCCAGCCUUGGCCAGACAAGCAGGGAGCCAUGGUGCCUUCCCAAUGGAGCACGGUGUGAUCCCAGCCCAGAACCAGUACCAUGACAUCCGUUCCAGCAGUCCCUAUGGCAUGCCCCAGUCCCCCAGCUCGCUGCAGGCAAUUCCUGGACACCAGCCACUCAUCUCUAGCCUGGCCUACCCAGACUCUGGGCUGGCCAUUAUGGCCCAGAGUGCACAGGGCAUGACCCAGGCCAUGCGAGUGUUGGGCGGAAAUGGACCCAGUUCAGAUUUGUCCACCGGGAGCAGCGGUGGGUAUCCAGACUUCCCCACCAGCCCUGCCUCGUGGCUGGACGAAGUGGACCACACUCAGUUUUGAUGAUCUGGUCCUCUUUCAUAAACUGUGUUAAACCCAGCAAGCCUUUUUGGAUCUUCUUCUCAAGCCCUAUAGGGCAGGAAAUAAAAAAAAAAAAACAUUACUGGUUACCAAAAACAAAGUUAUUUUUAUUUUCAACAGGAACAGGUGGUCAACAACAUGUCAGACCUUCACUGUAAAUGGGGUUUUGAGUCUAUCGAGGGACUGAACACAAGAAGCUGAGGGGAAGAAAAAACAACAUAGAAUAGCCAGGCUUACCCCCUGACAGAGGGUCUCUUUAUUGUGCUGGAAGCAAGCUCUUUUAAAGUGAAGUUACAUUGUUGGGAACACCAAUGCAAGAGUCAUCAAAGAGAGAAAAAUCCGUAAUAGGUAUAGACUUCAUUAUUUGAUAGAAAGGGACCUUCUCUGUGAGAAAUGGAUGUCCAUCGUGAAAAAGUACAAGCAUCAACAAUAGAUACUGGACUGUAGUUCCAACUGAUGAGUGAAGACCACAUCACGUGCUUCCACAGAUGGGCAGUGGCCUGGAACAAGCAAUGCAGGGUUUUCUAUACAGGUGCUUACUAGCUAGUGAUGCCCAUGCAUUAAUUCAAAUCUAGCUGUCCUAUGAAUGCCAAUACAACUUUGUUUCAGUGGCUACUAUUGGAGCUAUAACGUGUACCUUCACUGAUUUGUAGGGUGUUCUUGUAACUUCUUGUCAGUCAGAAUGGGUGUUUUGGUGUGUGUCCCCCCCCCCUCCCCACAAACUCUUCUGAGUGAAUCGAGAUCCUGACCCCUGCUUUUCUUUCAGUGUUGUAGGUGUGAGAUCUGGAGAGGUAACAUUCCUUGUCUGUCUUUUGUAUUUUCAAUCCGAACACUGCAGAGCUUGUUUGUCAUGUUUCAAUUUGCAGUGUCUGAUUGUUGCCAAAGGUCAAAUGUGACAGCUCAUAUUUUCUGGUGUUUUUAUUUUUACAACAAACCCCCUCCAGAUGAAAAGUUCAAGGAUUUCUAACCAAACUCAAAUACUGGACAUUUUAGGGAAACAACCCCAGUAAAAGUGGACCCCUGUUUAUAAGUGGCUGUUCUAUGCAUUUGCCUGCUGUCUUCAAAGGUAUCGUGUACGUCCCGUUAUACUGAUUACACCUGGGUGUGCUGGCCCCAGGGCGGUGUAAGGGUUUGUUUCUGUGGAAAUGUUUUAUGUCUUUUAUUUAUUCUCUCUGAUGAUCAAAUUAUACAAGUCUUUAA